GCUGUGCACCGCCCAGUCCUCAGUCUUCUUCCUCAACAUGUUUGUGUCAGCCUUCCUCCUGGCGGCCAUUUCUCUGGACCGCUGUCUCCUGGUGGCGCAGCCCGUCUGGAGCCAGAACCACCGCUCCAUUAACGCCGCCUGGAAGGUGUGUGCUUUGGGCUUUGUGGCGGCGGCCAACACCUUCCCUUACUUCCUGUUCCGGGCGGUGACGGAGAAGACGGACGGAAGGAAGCUCUGCUACCACCAUUUUGGAUUGUACUCGUCACCAGGGAGCGAGAGGGACUGUAGGGUACGGCAGGCGGCAACCGCCGUGUCCAAGAAUUUCCUGGCGUUCCUACUCCCCCUAGUGGUGAUUGCAGGGAGUACGCUCUCUUUGGCAUCAGUCUGAGCCAGAGGAGGAAGAGGAGGAGGAAGACAGCAGUGUAGACUCACCGGGGCUUUGAUUGUUACCAAUGUGGAACGCAGAGAGUCAAAACCCAAACACAAACACACAAACACCAAACGCUCCACCCCCAACCCAAAAGGCUCCACCCCUACCUCCACUUCCGAGCCCGGCCCUAUCCCGUGGCUUCACCAAGAUGGUGACAUCAGUCAUCGCGACGUUCGCCCUCUGCUGGGCGCCCUAUCACGUGUUCUGCCUCAUCGAGUUUGCCGCCCGAGUACUGACCACGGCCGACGACAAGGUGUGUGCUUUGGGCUGGUUGUGGGCGGCGGCCAACACUUCCCUUACUUCCUGUUCCGGGCGGUGACGGAGAAGACGGACGGAAGGAAGCUCUGCUACCACCAUUUUGGAUUGUACUCGUCACCAGGACGCUAG